GUAUGUAUCACUGGACCACUCCAGAGGUUAUUGUCACUUGUCUACGAAACGGCAGUAAGAAGCGAGAUACGUGUUCUCCCUCCCCAUACGCUCCAUACGCCAACGAACCUAGCGGAAGCUCCUUGCUUUCCUGCAACAAUUUUCCGCAAAAUUUCCCGCAUUUCCUGCAUCGCGACGAUACGGUUCCAGUAAGUAUACCCAUGGUCGUUGUUAAACAUGCUUUAAACGCUACAGCAUGUCCAAGAGCAAAUGGGCAAAUUGAACGAUACAAUCGAACAAUAUUAAAUGGGAUAAAUACGUCCAUAGAAAAUGAAAGUGAUUGGCAGAAAGCUCUUCCCAGAGUUUUAUGGGGUAUUAAUAAUACAGUAAACGAUACUACCGGGUAUGCACCACACCUUUUAAUGUUUGGUUAUGAAAAAAACCGUCAUGCUGAUAUGGGAGAUAAUGAGUUCGAGGUCUUCCCCGAUGCUAAGAAGAAGGCAAAGGAGAGGAUGGACGUACUGGCGACUAAGAUGAAAAAACGUUUCGAUUAA